AGUUAGGUUUACCAUACUUGGUUGUCACGUUGGAAAGCGCAAUCCAAUCCGCUUUUAUGUUUCACAUUACAGAAUUGUGAAUCAGAUAAUCAGAAGAUGGCGACAGCUGAGUCGGAAUCAAGUUUGAAUCCCCCUAAUUCCGAGGGGGAAAAAAGUGAAGCAACUGGUCAAGAAGUUGUAAAUCCUGAAGAUUACAUCAAACAUCCACUACAAAAUAGAUGGGCUCUGUGGUUCUUUAAGAAUGACAAAACGAAAACCUGGCAAGCAAACCUCCGUCUCAUCUCCAAGUUUGACACAGUGGAAGACUUCUGGGCUCUGUAUAAUCACAUCCAACUAUCAAGUAACUUGAUCUCCGGCUGUGACUACUCACUUUUCAAGGAUGGUAUCGAGCCCAUGUGGGAGGACGAGAGGAACAAGCGUGGUGGCAGGUGGCUCAUCACACUUUCCAAACAGCAGCGCAGGGCCGACCUCGACCGCUUCUGGCUGGAAACGCUCCUGUGCCUAGUGGGCGAAGCCUUCGAUGACCACAGUGAUGAUGUAUGCGGGGCAGUAGUCAACAUCCGAACAAAAGGAGACAAACUUGCGAUAUGGACAACCGACUACGAAAACAAGGAUGCCAUUACACACAUAGGACAAGGGUGGAAGGAGAGGUUAGGCGUGCCACACAAGGUGAUCAUCGGAUAUCAAUCACACGCGGACACUGCCACCAAGAGUGGUUCCACCACCAAGAACAAGUUUGUUGUCUAAGGACUUUUUUUUGUUGGUUGGUUGGUUGGUUUUCCUUUCCGUUUCCAUGGCGUUAGUUGAAAUGCUGUUGCGAAGUUUAAUCUGCUACCCAAUUGAAACCAAAGCUUCAACACAGACAAUUGCCUUUAUUCAAUCAAUUGCAAUAUGAUUUCACUACAAAAUGGUCUCAUUCAUAUUUGCCCUGAAACAAACCUAUACCUUCGAUGAAGGGUGGGAAUAACCAUGAGAAUUGAAAUACCCCCCCAAAAAGUUAACCAUGUUCUUUUUUUAUGAGCCAUUUCACUUUUCUUACUGAGGAUAUACUAGUUGGCUUUUUGUUGCUAUGUUUUAUAUUUAACAGCAUCACACUCGUAGCUGCCAGGGAUUUCUCUGCGUAAGCGUGUUUUUGGGAUGCCUAAUUCCAAACUAAAAAAAUACACUGCUCAAAAAAAUAAUGGGAACACUAAAAUAACACAUCCUAGAUCUGAAUGAAACAUUCUUAUUAAAUACUUUUUUCUUUACAUAGUUGAAUGUGCUGACUACAAAAUCACACUAAAAUUAUCAAUGGAAAUCAAAUUUAUCAACCCAUGGAGGUCUGGAUUUGGAGUCACACUCAAAAUUAAAGUGGAAAACCACACUACAGGCUGAUCCAACUUUGAUGUAAUGUCCUUAAAACAAGUCAAAAUGAGGCUCAGUAGUGUGUGUGUGGACUCCACGUGCCUGUAUGACCUCCCUACAACGCCUGGGCAUGUUCCUGAUGAGGUGGCGGAUGGUCUCCUGAGGGAUCUCCUCCCAGACCUGGACUAAAGCAUCCGCCAACUCCUGGUCAGUCUGUGGUGCAACGUGGCGUUGGUGGAUGGAGCGAGACAUGUCCCAGAUGUGCUCAAUUGGAUUCAGGUCUGGGGAACGGGCGGGCCAGUCCAUGCAUCAAUGCCUUCCUCUUGCAGGAACUGCUGACACACUCCAGCCAUAUGGUCUCACAAGGGGUCUGAGGAUCUCAUCUCGGUACCUAAUGGCAGUCAGGCUACCUCUGGCGAGCACAUGGAGGGCUGUGCGGCCCCCCAAAGAAAUGCCACACCAUGACUGACCCACCGCCAAACCGGUCAUGCUGGAGGAUGUUGCAUGCAGCAGAACGUUCUCCACGGCGUCUCCAGACUGUCACGUCUGUCACAUGUGCGUGUGAACCUGCUUUUAUCUGUGAAGAGCACAGGGCGCCAGCGGCGAAUUUGCCACUCUUGGUGUUCUCUGGCAACUGCCAAACGUCCUGCACGGUGUUGGGCUGUAAGCACAACCCCCACCUGUGGACGUCGGGCCCUCAUACCACCCUCAUGGAGUCUGUUUCUGACCGUUUGAGCAGACACAUGCACAUUUGUGGCCUGCUGGAGGUCAUUUUGCAGGGCUCUGGCAGUGCUCCUCCUAAUCCUCCUUUCACAAAGGCGGAGGUAGCGGUCCUGCUGCUGGGUUGUUGCCCUCCUACGGCCUCCUCCACGUCUCCUGAUGUACUGGCCUGUCUCCUGGUAGCGCCUCCAUGCUCUGGACACUACGCUGACAGACACAGCAAACCUUCUUGCCACAGUUCGCAUUGAUGUGCCAUCCUGGAUGAGCUGCACUACCUGAGCCACUUGUGUGAGUUGUAGACUCCGUCUCAUGCUACCACUAGAGUGAAAGCACCGCCAGCAUUCAAAAGUGACCAAAACAUCAGACAGGAAGCAUAGGAACUGAGAAGUGGUCUGUGGUCACCACCUGCAGAACCACUCCUUUAUUGGGGGUGUCUUGCUAAUUGCCUAUAAUUUCCACCUUUUGUCUAUUCCAUUUGCACAACAGCAUGUGAAAUGUAUUGUCAAUCAGUGUUGCUUCCUAAGUGGACAGUUUGAUUUCACAGAAGUGUGAUUGACUUGGAGUUACAUUGUGUUGUUUAAGUGUUCCCUAUAUUUUUUUGAGCAGUGUAUAUAAAUAUAUAUAUAUUAGUACCAGUCAAAAUUUUGGACACACCUACUCAUUCAAGGGUUUUUCGAUAUUUUUACUUUUUUCUACAUUGUAAAAUAAUAGUGAAGACAUCAACUAUAAAAUAGCACAUGGAAUCAUGUAGUAACCAAAAAAGUGUUAAACAAAUCAAAAUAUAUUUUAUAUUUAAGAUUCUUCAAAGUAGCCACCCUUUGCCUUGAUGACAGCUUUGCACACUCUUGGCAUUCUCUCAACCAGCUUCAUCUGAAAUGCUUUUUUUUCAUCUGGAAUGCAGUCUUGAAGGAGUUCCCACAAAUGCUGAGCACUAUAAUACAUUUUCGGGAAUGUAAAAUUGCUUUCAGUGUAAACUUAAACCGCAAAAGCCAAAUAAGGAUAUAAAAUAUGUUUUUUAUUUAUUUAAUAUAAUCUAUCAAUCAUCAAAAUAAACGCUGAACAGUCAGGAGAAUAAAAAAAAAUCCCAAACCAUCUCAAUUGGGUUGAGGUCGGGUGAUUGUGGAGGCCAGAUCAUCUGAUGCAGCACUCCAUCACCCUCCUUCUUGGUCAAAUAGCCCUUACACAGCCUGGAGGUGUGUUUUGGGUCAUUGUCCUGUUGAAAAACAAAUGAUAGUCCCACUAAGCGCAAACCAGAUAGGAUGGCGUAUUGUUGCAGAAUGUUGUGGUAGCCAUGCUGGUUAAACGUGCCUUGAAUUCUUAAUAAAUCACUGACUGUCCCCAGCAAAGCACUGUCACACGACCUCGUCCAUGCUUCACGGUGGGAACCACACAGGCACAGAUGAUCUGUUCACCUACACUUUGUCUCACAAAGACACAGCAGUUGGAUGCAAAAAAUCUCAAAUUUGGACUGAUCAGACCAAAGGACAGAUUUCCACCGGUCUAAUGUCCAUUGCUUGUGUUUCUUGGCCCAAGCAAGUCGGUUCUUCUGUUUGGCGAAGGCCUGAUUCACGCAGUCUCCUCUGAACAGUUGAUGUUGAGAUGUCUGUUACUUGAACUCUGAAGCAUUUAUUUGGGCAGCAAUUUCUGAGGCUGUUAACUAAUGAACUUAUCCUCUGCAGCAGAGGUAACUCUGGGUCUUCCUUUCCUGUGGCGGUCCUCAUGAGAGCCAGUUUAAUCAUAGUGCUUGAUGGUUUUUGCGACUGCACUUGAAGACACUUUCAAAGUUCUUGAUAUUUUCUUGAUUGACUGACUGUCUUAAAGUAAUGAUGGACUGUCAUUUCUCUUUGCUUAUUUGAGCUUUUCUUGCCAUAAUAUGGACUUGGUAUUUUACCAAAUGGGUCUGUAUACCACCCAUACCUUGACACAACACAGCUGAUUGGCUCAAAUGCAUUAAGGAGGAAAGAAAUUCUACAAAUGAACUUUAACAAAGUACACCAGUUAAUUGAAAUGCAUUCCAUGUGACUACAUCAUGAAGCUGGUUGAGAGAAUGCCAAGAGUGUGCAAAGCUGUCAUCAAGGCAAAGGGUGGCUACUUCUCAAAUGUAAAUGAUAUAUUUUUGGUUAUUACAUUAUUUCAUAGUUUUGAUGUCUUCACUAUUAUUCUACAAUGUAGAAAAUAGUAAAAAUACAGAUAACCCCUGGAAUGAGUAGGUGUGUCCAAACUUUUGACUGGUAGUGUAUGUGUAAAAUGUAGAGAUCUACAUUUUUGGAAUAUAAACUUAAGCAGCAAUAUACCAUCUUUGAGAACUAACAAUUAUCAAAAUAAACACUGAACAAUCAGGGGAAUUUAAAAUUCCCAGAACAAUUGAUCAGUAUUUGUUAAAUUUGAGCAGAAUAAGACGGUAUUAGCCAUGGCAAAAUGCAUAGAAUUGCAGGUUGUUCCUUAACUGCUAAAUGUUCUCUUGGGUCCAUGGCAAAAUGUUUAGAAUUGGAAGAAAUUAACUUUAAAACUGCAAAAUGUAAACCAAAAAACAUCAAUAUGGGGGGCCUAUAAUGUGUUUACUAAAUUCAGCAGCACUGACCACACCCCCUUUCCAAGCCCACCACCUAAGCCCUUUUUUGAUCCCUAAAAAGCGCAGCCAGGGUUAUCUUUUUGCCAAAUGUAGUUCGUUUUACCAGAUCUAAAGAAGUGCUGUAGUUUCCUCCAUUGAAUCUCAGUUCAUUAUUUUCAAUUGGUUUAGCCUUAAGUGGUCAAAGUUGACCGAUACUAUAGUUUGCUUUCAGUAAAACGUUCACAACUUUUGGUAUUGCAGAUGUAUUUAGUGUUAUUUUUAUUUCUCUCACAAUAUUGUAUUCUUCAUGUAAACCUGUAUUGUUUUUUAAAAACAUUUUUUAAGCACAUCAAGAUGCUUUGAUAAAGUGUAUGUAAAACUGUACUUGUAUUCAUUGGAGGUGUAUUAGGUGUAACUGAAUGCCUUGCUUUGGCACCUUGUCCUGCUCCUAUGAACAUGGUACAAAAGAUGACUGUAAAUAAAUGUAAAGUGUGUUGUUUUGAAGCUGGAAAUUGAGAGAUUAUUCUGUUUAAAUGGAUGUUGAUGCCUGUAGUCUUGUUCAAAACUACUGUUUCAGAGAAGCUUUCUUCAUCUGUAUCAAGCCUCACCAGACUCAUUCACAGUGCAAUUGUAUGCCUAAAAAGGUGAUAAAGGCAUUUAACUUAUUUUCCAUGAGCCAUUCAAAAGAACACAUCAAGAUAAACCUCUUAAUGAUGCACUCCAGGAUCUUAAGCACAAAAGUCAUUUGAAUUCGAAUCGGAACAAAUCACCCAAAUUGCCAAAAAAAUAGUAACUUUUUUUGCAGGAUGUAAUAUAAGAUAUGGAUGACUUGGUGCACAAUUUGACAUACUACACAAAAAACAGGGACCACUUUUAGCUCCUGAGCACCACUUUCAAAACUACUGGCUGGCUGAAAUUAUACUAAUGUUUCAGAGUGCGUUAAUUCUCAUUUUCAUGCAAAUAUUCUAAAAUCCGCAAAAGGAAAAUGUGGAUUUUCCCACCAGUGGUGUUUCUACAAAACAGACUUGCUGUGGAUAAAAGUCAGUGCGUGAUGAUGUGGUGCACUCUUUUGCUUACGUUUUCAUAUACUGAAUAAAAAUCUGCUGCUCCUUUCUGA